AUUUUAUGUUCAAAACUAUAUAUUGUUUAAAGCAAUCAAUUGUGUGAUUAUAGCGUUAAUACAAAACAAAAAAUCUGUUUUCAAACAGUUAUUUACUGAGAAUCGGUGUCCGCGAUAUUGGGUGUCCACUGACCAGUCAUGCCGUACGCCAAUCAGCCAACAGUGUCCAUACCGGACAACGGCAUUCAAGACGAGUACAUUAAAUUCAGUGUCGAAGACACAGACCUAUCGGUUGCCAAUUCUUUGCGUCGAGUGUUCAUUGCCGAAGUGCCCACAUUGGCCAUCGAUUGGGUCCAAUUGGAGGCCAACUCAUCGGUACUUCACGACGAGUUUAUUGCUCAUCGAUUGGGUUUAAUACCGUUGACCUGUGAAGAAGUGGUCGAUCGGAUGCAGUACUCGCGCGACUGUACGUGCGUUGACUUCUGUCCCGAGUGUUCGGUAGAAUUUACUCUAGACGUCAAGUGUACCACAGAGGAGACCAAAUCAGUGACCAGCGCUGAUCUCAAGUCAUCGGAUCCUCGGGUAUUGCCGGUGUCAUCGCGACAUCACGACAACGAUGAGGAGUACGACGAGAACGAUGUGGACAAUGAGAUAUUGCUCGUGAAGUUACGUCGCGGACAGGAAUUGAAGAUCAAAGCGUACGCCAAGAAAGGCUUCGGCAAAGAGCAUGCAAAGUGGAACCCGACUUGUGGUGUGGCCUUCGAGUACGAUCCGGACAACGCUUUCCGUCACACACUGUACCCCAAACCAGAGGAAUGGCCGCGCAGUGAGUACACUGAGUUUGGCGAAGACGACCCGCAAUACGAGGCCGAUUACAUACGCGACGGAAAACCAAACAAAUUUUAUUUUACCGUUGAAUCGGCCGGUUGUCUAAAGCCGACCACAAUUGUUAUGUCCGGUUUGACACAAUUGAAGAAAAAGUUGACUGAUUUGCAGACUCAGGUGCAGAACGAAAUACAAAACGAUGCGCUCGCCAUCAACUGAUCCCAAAUAAUAAAUCUUCGCUACCAUUCAUAUAUCAUUUGCCAAUAAUUUUAUUGCUAUUCAUUACUCUUAAACAGUGUGUUAUGAUUUAC